GUCCAUGGGCUCGUUCUCGCCUCGAUGGCAUCGAAUCAAGGUUCUAUGCUUAGACGUGUCUGCAAGUGAACUCCCCCCUCUCUCAGCACAGCAUAAUCUCUCGCAAAGGAGAUCCCCGUCUUGCGGGGUUGAGGACUACUAACUAUCAAGGAGAUGCCAGCCUUCGUAACAGCCUUCGUAGUUCAAUAUCAAUGAAUGAAUGGAUAGCUGAUGCAUCUGUGUAGUUUGACACACCGUUCUUCUUCACACACACCAUUCCUUCUCUCACAGAAAUGCCAGAUUACGAGACGUACGAUCUGGGCGACUUCUUGCUCCAAGGCGGAGAAUCUCUGCCAGGAGCCUGGAUCGCAUACAAGACUUUUGGCAACUCCACUUCCCCGGCCAUACUCUAUCCCUCGUGGUACUCUGGCCUCAUCUCCGACAAUGAGUGGCUCGUCGGCCAUGAUAAAGCCUUGAACCCAGACAAGUACUUCAUCAUCAUCACCGCCCUCUUCGGUAAUGGCCAAUCCAUAUCACCCUCAAACUCGAACAUCUCCCCCUUUCCCGAUGUGACCUUCUACGACAACGUCCGUGCCCAACACGAGUUGCUCACCAAAAAAUUGAACAUCAAGCACCUUCGAAUGGUGACAGGCUGGUCCAUGGGCGCCGGUCAGACCUUUCAAUGGGCCAGUCAAUAUCCAGAUUUCUUGGACAUCGCCGUUCCAUUCUGUGGAUCGGCCAAGACCUCCAUCCAUAACCAGGUCUUUCUUGAGGGCGUCAAGUCGGCCUUGUUGGCGGCAAACGGAGUUUCUUCUGCGGGAAGUACUUUUGGUAGACUCGAAGCUAAGGGUGAGCAAAAACGUGUGUGGACUGACGAACAGAAAACCGUCGGUCUCAAAGCCUUUGGCAGAGGAUACGCUGGUUGGGGCUUCAGUCAGACGUUCUACAGGCAAAAAUUGCAUGAGAAAUGCUAUGGUGCUAAAGACCUCGAAGAUUUCAUGGUCAACUUCUGGGAAAAGUGGGCAUUGAGCAAAGAUCCAGAAAAUCUCCUGGUCAUGCUUCAUACCUGGCAGGCGGGUGACAUCAGCUUGCAAGAACCAUUUAAUGGUGACUUUGAAAAGGCUUUGGCAAGCAUCAAAGCAAAGACUCUCGUCCUACCCAGCAAGACCGACUUGUACUUUCCACCUGAAGACUCCGAGUACGAAGUCGAGCACAUGUCUCCUGGCGUUGGUACCUUGGAUGUUUAUCCCAGCAUCUGGGGACAUUGGGCUGGCGGGCCGCCGGGAAACAUGGAAGACGUCAAAUGGCUGGAUGAGCGACUUUCCAAGCUCCUGGCAGAAGCCCCUGAACUCGGAGCAGAGAGCAAGGUCUUCGCGACACUUCCCCUGAGAUGAUGUCCAGACAGUUCAGAGGAAGAGGUGAGGGACGCAGCACAAAGCGUGCUUCCCCAGGACAGAAUGCACUCAGUCUUUUUAAUUCCCAUAAUUGGAAUAAUAUGCCUUUGAUCAUCAAUA